CCCCCCAAAAAAAGAAAAAAAAAACUCUGAUUUGACCAUUCCUCCUUGUUCACCAAUCGCAACUUUCUCCAAAUCUCGAUUCCACCAUUCUCCCCGAUUGCCGCAUAAGAAUCCUCAAAUCGAAGAGGGACUUCCCAAAAUCCGAUGAAGAUGGCGGCGAACGGCCGAUUAUUCACGAUCGGGAUCGUCGCGUCGUGGUACUCGUCCAACAUCGGAGUGCUGUUACUAAACAAGUACCUGCUGAGCAACUACGGGUUCAAGUACCCGAUCUUCCUCACCAUGUGCCACAUGACCGCCUGCUCGCUCCUCAGCUACGUGGCCAUCGCGUGGAUGAAGAUGGUCCCUAUGCAGACGAUCAGGUCCCGCGUCCAGUUCCUCAAGAUCGCGGCGCUGAGCCUCGUCUUCUGCGUCUCCGUGGUGUUCGGGAACAUCUCCCUCAGGUUUCUCCCCGUCUCGUUUAACCAGGCCAUCGGCGCCACGACGCCGUUUUUCACCGCCGUGUUUGCGUAUUUGAUUACGUUGAAGAAGGAGGCCUGGUUGACUUAUGUUACGCUCGUGCCCGUUGUUACUGGUGUUGUUAUUGCCAGUGGGAGUGAACCAAGUUUCCACCUGUUUGGAUUCAUAAUGUGCGUUGCAGCCACAGCUGCGAGAGCACUUAAAUCAGUUCUUCAAGGGAUUUUGCUAUCUUCAGAAGGGGAGAAGCUAAACUCCAUGAAUCUCCUCCUCUACAUGGCCCCCAUAGCUGUUGUGUUCCUUCUUCCGGCUACCCUUAUCAUGGAGAAGAACGUUGUUGGCAUCACAAUUGCACUCGCCAGAGACGAUUUCAGAAUCGUUUGGUAUCUGCUAUUCAACUCGGCGCUUGCUUAUUUCGUGAACUUGACUAACUUCUUAGUCACAAAACACACCAGCGCUCUUACUCUCCAGGUGCUAGGAAACGCCAAAGGAGCAGUAGCAGUGGUGGUAUCGAUCCUAAUAUUCAAGAAUCCUGUCUCAGUGACUGGAAUGUUAGGCUACUCGCUAACGGUCAUUGGAGUAAUCCUCUACAGUGAAGCCAAGAAACGAAGCAAAUGAAGUUAAAGAAACCUCUUCAAUUUUUAUUUGUUAGGUCCUUGCAGGUAAAACACACAAGGCAAAGUUCCUUUUGCUGGACCAGAAGCAAAAGGAUGUGUAAAGGCAACACCAAAGGAUCAGAGUACCCAUAAGCAAUAAGUGAUUUUUGUUUCCUUCUUUUAAUUUUUGUUUACGGAUCUUCUACAGCUUUUGUCUUAGGUUGUUCUAAGAGUAACUUCGAUGUAGCUUCUGUUUUUUUUGGUCGAUUCUUUACAUCUUUUGUGAUACAACAUUUAUAACACUGAUUAAUUAAUGGAAAAGACAAGGUUUUUUUUUUC